AUGUCGGCGAUUAAGAUUAUAUCCAAGUGCGUGCUGCUAUUGUUAGUCUGCGGUGCAACUAUUCACGCCGAUGAGGACGGCGGAUUCCUUGAGCGAGGAUAUCGUGCUCUUUAUCGCGUCUACGAAGAGUGCGAGCAUCGCAAUAUCGGUGUGUCGCCGUGUUUGAAGAAGAAGGCGAUCACCUUCUUUGAGAGACUCGGUCGUAUACAGACUUUGCCGAUCGGCGACAAUCUCGAGCUGGUCAAAGUCGCGUCUACGACGGACGACAGCUCGAAAAACACGGUCUCCGAUCUGGAGAAGACUUUGGCUAGAACCAACGGAGGGGCCAUGGACGAAAUACUCAACGAUAUUCUGCUCGAGCGCAUAGCCGCGCUAAUGAACAGUUUCAACGUGCAGAUCAGCUUACCAAAGACAAGUUCCAGCGAUUUGAAACGAAGUAUCGAGGAGGGUCGUGGGAAAAUGAAGAAGAUGAUGGGCAUGAUGAUGAUGGGAAUGGCGAUGAAACUCGCUGCAUUAAUUCCUAUUGCUAUAGGCGUGCUUUUCCUGCUGGCCGGCAAGGCUUUAAUCAUCAGCAAGAUCGCUUUGGUUCUGUCGCUCAUCAUCGGCUUAAAGAAGCUACUCGCCCAAAAACAGGGUGGCCACGACCAUGGUGGCUGGCAGCAAAGCGGAGGUGGAUGGGACAGAAGUCUGAAGGGAGUCGUAGGCGCACCGGUACCAUCAUUAACGGAAGCCGAUCGCGAGUACGCUCACACCUUGGCUUACAGCGCGCGGCAGAAGCAUUAA